CGAUGUCUUGUCCAAUUAGGAUAAAAAACUUUCUGUACGCACCAUUAAGAGGCAUUUACGUGACAUUUAAAUUACCUUUAGAAGAAAAAAAUAUAUAAUUUCUCAAAAUUGUACCAAAAAUUGAAAAACUAAAAAUGAAUGAUUGCUCAAAGAAAGCACCAUCGCUCUUGUAAAAUCUUUCCGUCUUUUCAACAUUAAAUUGGAACUUUUUCUUUUGAGCCCAAGGGCUCCAACGGGGUGGAGGUUUGGGCAAGAGGUAACAUUGUUAGAUAAAGAGUUCCAGAAGAGAGAUUUUUCCGAAUCAUUCAGAGUGUACUGAUGGUAGUGAGAAAGUGGAGUCAUUUUGAAUAAUAAAUUGCUCUUGAAUUCUUCAACGGACAAGAGGGGAUUUUAUUUUAUUAUCUAGAAAGGCGAGAAGUUAAAUAUUUAAUUCAUUAAAAUUUAAUAUUUUCUCACAAUUUGAGUUUAAUUGAAAUGUCGUUGAAAUAAAUGUAUUUUAAUGUUUAAAUCUGUAUAAAUAUUUAAGGAAGAGAGAAUUUUAGCAUUUCAAUAAUAUAUUAAGGAUAAAUCAUAGUCAAGGGGCCUUUAUCUGAAUAAAAAUAUUCAGAUUAUUCAUCAAGAUUCAAACUCUUGGUCGGAAUUCGGAAUUUUCGUUAAGAUGAUUCAGAGUCUUCGUCUAGAUUUGGAUUAUUCAUCAAGGUUGUGUUGAUAUCGGAAUGUAGCCCUGUUUAAACAUUAUAACAUAGAAGAAGAAAAUUUAAACUAUUCGUCAAGAUUCGGACUUUUCGUCCAGUUCGGAAUAUUCGUCAAGAUUGAAACUCUUCGUCUAGAAUCGGAAUUUCAUCAAUUUCGUAUUAUUUGUCUAAAAGAUCAAAACUAUUCAUCAUGAUUCCGAUUAUUCGCCGAGAUUUGCAUUUAUUCAUUACGAAAAUUCGUCAAGAUUCGGACUGUUCGUCAAAAUUCGGAUUUGCCAAAAUAGUCGAAAUAUUAGGCAGAUAAACACCUCUUGAUUAUACCGAAUAAGUUAAUUUAAAAUGUUUUUUUUUGUAGAAAUAUUCAUUAUAUUUCUAGAUUCUGUGAAUGAAUAGUUUUUUUUUUUUAAAUUAAAUAAAUCUAUCACCUAUAAAAAACAAUUAGCGAAAAUGUCUGAUAGGUCCUACUCAAGUUAACAAUGCAUCUGAUUGUCAACCUUUAAAAAAAAAUAAUUUCAAUUUUUUUACAUAAAAAUAGAUGCUUCUACAAUUUUUCUUGCCACUGUACCAAUCAAACCUGUAAACUUUUGUUGAGUUUUCUUCAAAUUAAACUCAGAUAGUUAUACAAAAAGUUAUGUUGUUGAUAAUUUACAAAUCGUUGUGUAAGCUUAAAUCUCUCUAUGUAUCUUAUGUAUUAUACAUAGCGAUUAGAUGUAUCUUAUGUAGCUCCCAAUGCGACUCAUUGAAAGUGUGACAAUAUCGAAACUGUUAUCACACGGGAAAAACGAACAGGUCCCGAUGCGCUAUCUUACAACUCGCGAUUGAAUGCUCUUAUGUUUUUUUUUGUAUGUAGAAGAACUUCUGUGUGUUUUAUUGGCAAUUUUCUCGUUAAAUUGACGACAGACACAGUGAAACGUUCGUGGAAAAAAAAACAUUUUUUCGUCUCAAAGCAACUUAAGCUUAGGGACAUAUCAGUUUGUGCUGAGUUCUUUCUGUGUUUGGAUGUGCUUUCGUGUUAUUUGGGUUUUAUAGUUUGUCCAUCUAAUGGCUGAAUUUCUAAAUAAUCUUCGUGGUAAAUUUCUUGGUGAUCAAGUUCUCAGUUCGUCAAAGCAAAUAAGUGAAGCUGAUGAAUGCAGAGAAAUGGAGUACAAUGUGAUGUUGAUGAGGGAUGCCGAAAAGAAUUUACGUGAAAUUUUCAACAAAUUGCUAAAGGGCGAUGAAACAGAAAGUGUCAAAGCACUUCUUGGACGUCAUACAAAAAUUCUGGUCAAAUAUAUUGUGAAAUUGGAAACGAAAGGUGACAAGACAGAAAACAGGGUACUGGUUUUUACACCAGUUCGAAUAUACUUGCUGAUUGCCAAGGUGCCCACAAAAAUAGACUGCCAUUUCCAUUAUUUAGAUAUUCAAUCAAUUGAAAGCAAGAGGCCAACACAUUUUUCAAUUACAACCAAUGAACGAACUUAUUCCUUCGUGACAACUGGCGAUGCAGUUAAUUUCAGCUCUAAUGCCGAUGUAAUUCUCACUGAUUUAACAUCGUCAAUAAAACAGAUUUUCCCAACAGUUCCUCUCAAAUACAUCAUAAGAAAGAUUGAUGUACAACCGACAGAACGUGAAACGAUAUUCUCAGACGAAUUGAGGCCGUCGGAUCCGAGAAAUUUGGGUCCAUGUGGUGGCUUUAGCACGCAAUAUGCGUGUAUGUGUGAUUAUCACGGUGUCCCCUACAGGGAGGAAGUUGCAUGGGAUAUUGACACAAUCUAUCUAUCGCACGAUACGAGAAUACUGAAUUUACGGGAUUUUGAUCAUUUAGAACCAAAGGACUUGAUGGCGAUAAUAUCAGCCUUGGAAUAUAAUACAUUCUUCCGUGGAUUAAAAGUUUCCCAUACGCGCCUUUCCAAUGAAUCACUCGAUAGAAUCCUUCAUGUUUUGCGACGUUCAAUGUGGCUGGAGGAACUACAUUUGGAAGCUUUAGGACUUCGGUCUGACUUUCUUCAUAAGCUGGCUGUAUCUGUGAUCACCAAUAAUAAUCCGGCUCUUCGUACCAUUGAUUUAAGUCACAAUGUUAUCGAGGAUAAAGGUGCAACCUCCCUGUGCGCCCUUGUGGGGAAAUUAGUGCAAGGCGCCAUCCACUUAGCUGGGCCAAUAGCCAAAGUUUCCAAGGGACUCUGCAAAUUAUCCCUGUCACAUUGUGGAUUAACAGCAAAGGGUGUUAAUCAAAUUGCCCAUUCUCUCUCCCUCAAUCAGAGUAUUUCUAAUUCACUGACCUAUUUGGAUCUCAGUGGGAAUAAUUUGAAAGAUGACAUUAAUAAUUUGUACAAUUUCCUUGCUCAACCGAAUGUUUUGGAACAUUUAAAUAUUUCCGCAACAGACACCACCCUUGAAAAUCUCUUUGGUGCUCUGCUACGGGGAUGUGGAACACACUUGGCACACCUAAAUGUAUCACACAACUCGUUCAAUACGAAGAAAGGCAAAGAAAUCCCACCGUCAUUUAAGCAGUUUUUUACGAGUUCCCUCAGUUUGAAACACAUUAAUAUAUCCUACUGUAAACUACCCAUGGAAGCUCUCAAACACCUCCUCUUGGGUUUAGCGUGCAAUGAGUCCACAGCUGGCCUGUAUUUAGACCUAAGUUGCAAUCAAUUGGGCUCACAGGGAGCUCAUGUACUCGAGUCAUGUAUCCACGGGGUGCGUGUGCUGCAGAGUCUAGACAUUAGCGACAAUAAUUUGGACGCCGAAAUGUCGUCCGUUCUCACGGCAAUUGGGAAGAAUCCAUCAAUAAAGAGUUUGCACAUGUCCCGGAGUUUUACGGGGAUGAAAGUGAAGCAUAUUGCAUCUGUGAUGGAGGCUCUUGUGGCACUUGUGCAGAAGGAUGAUUUCCCAUUGACGGAAUUAAUUUUGUCUGAGAAUAAAUUGCGCAAUGAUAUUCACAAUUUUAUCAAUGCACUCGGUAGCAAUCAAUCCCUGCAGAUGCUGGACAUCAGUGGGAAUCUCAUGGGAGACAUUGGGGCGCGUCUUCUUGCCAAAGCACUCCAGAUAAACAAUAAACUCCGCACAAUUUCAAUGGAUCGCAACAAUAUCACCCUUCAGGGCUACUCAGACAUUGUCUAUGCCCUGGAGAAUAAUUAUAGCAUGAAGACAAUCCCAUUUCCGGUGUUUGACAUUGCGCCGAGUCUCAAGAAUCAUCCCGAGAAGACGGAUAGUGUCAUGAGGCGGAUGCAGGAGCUACUGCAGAGGAAUGGGAAUGGCCUAAAGAGGAGCAAUGGGCAGGGUUUCCGGCUGCAGCAUGGCUUCCUGCUGUCCUCGACGCAUCAACUGAUCGACAAGUUGGUGUCGGAAACUCAGGAAACAAUGUCACUGCGUCAAAAUUCCACCGAUACGGGCGUACAGCGUCUCCUUGAUGAUGCGGAGAACUCAAAGCAGCUACUGCCGAAACUUCAGGAAGCCGUACGGUGUGAAAUGCAUCCGAUUGAGGUGAAACUUGGACGGGUGGCGAGCGAUUUGGGACAUGUUAUUCAAGCUUAUCUUGAGGAAACGAUGGAGACAAUGCUUAGGACGGGGGUAGACCAGUGCCCAAAAUCACUCGGGAAUCAGAAUGUAAUCAACGAACUAAGGAAGAACUGCCUGGAGAGACUCAAUGUUUCAGAGGAAUUCCUUACAAAUUGCAUCGUUAAUAGUGCUGGAAGUGAAAUAAUGAAUAAAAUCAGUGAAGUGGAACAAGCUCUUGCUGGUGUUAUUGCCGAUCGUGCCACAGAUGAAGUUGUUGAGGCACUCACGAGGUACAGAAGGGGUCUAGGAAUUGCAGAUUCGCCACAUUUAACCUACGAUGAUCUCAACACCCCCGAUGUUCUCAGGAGUAGAUCGAAUCAAAAUUUUAAAGAUUCCAUUGGGCUAAUGUCAUUGGAGACUCAUCAUGGUUUGGAUCUUCCGAAAUUGGGACUCGAUUCACCCACUGCAACGCCCCAUUUGACGUCGAAACGGCGGUCAAUUGCGAAGAAGGUGCGCCCACAGUCAGUGGUGGGUUUGGGCAUUGAGAAUCUGAGUUUGGGGCACAUACCGGACUUGCUGGAGUCUCCUGUGUCCCAUAGGGGUGGCGUACGCGAUAAGACAGAUGAGAAUUGCGAUUCAAUCACAGAGCUGCCGAGUGCAUCGCUGCAGUUGCAGCAUUUGGUGAAGGGGCGUCCAAAGAGGGCAAAGACGCGAGCCCCAACGCGCCCCCUGCUGCAGGAGCACACAACUCACGGGGAUGGGCUGGAGCAAUUCUUUAGACCUGGCUCCGUGACACCCACCACCAAUACACCCCUUGUGAGUCCCACGUCGGAGGAAUGCAGCUCACUGAGUUUUGUGGAUAGUCCCACAAUGAGUAGGGAUGAAAAUGGGAAAUUCUGCAUGACAUCCGGGGAGACAACACCAAUUCUCGAGGAGAGGCGUGCUGUGAAGCUGGAAAGGAGUUCCCCACUAAUGAAGGGUGUUGCGUGGACACCACGUUCGCGGUCAACGGAUAAUCUGGAGAAAUGCUCACCGGUUAUUGGACGGAAGAGCCCAUUGGUGAAGAUGAAUACAGAUGCAAGCCCAACAGCUGCUGGGCAGAUGCAGCAACAGAUUGUGAAUCAUGAGACUGAGGAAAGACUGAUCCCGCCAGUUAAUCACGAUGGCAACAAACUCAGGUCACCCAGCAAUGAGUCCAUUAAGAGUCACGUGGCGGAUCUUAAAACAACCCCCGGCAAUGGGAUUGUUAAGACACCGCUAAUUAGCCCAAAACCCCGACCGUGGUCAGUGGCUGGCAAUGAAGCCAAGUCUGAUUAUGGAAGUGGGAGUGAUUCCACAAAAACUACUCCCGAUGGCAUAGAUAAUGAUGUGGAUGUUGUUCCAAUUGUCGGACAAGCUCCUGGUGGCUCUAUUGUUGGCAUAAGCCCGGGUAUUGGCCUUGGUGGAGGAAGUAUCGUGGGAAUUACCCCGGGAGCUGCCUUGGAAAGGAAAUCCGUACGAGAUAUGGCUGCAGGAUUGAAUCGUCUUGGAGCCCUUUCUGUCUCUUUAGUUGUUGAUCCAAGUAAAAAACCACUUCCUGUGCCCAGAAAAUCCAAUAACUUCAGCAAUAACAAUAAUAGCAGUAGUGUUAAUAUGAAUGCAACGAAUGAUGUGAAUGUAGAGGAAAGUCCUUCUAGUCCUUCAGUGGAUGCUGCCAAAUCUGAAUCCGUCCGCAAAAUUGCUGGCAAAAAUAUUUCCACUCUCUUUGAGGAGACGUUAGUUGAAGGACUCCAGAAAUCCUACCUCCGUCAAACAGUCUACAAGGAAACGCAAUAUACCAAGGAUGAUUCGGUUGAUGUCUAGUUUAGCGUCUCACACCCAAAAAAAAAGACUAUAUUUUGGGUCUUUUCUUGUCUCUUGACGUUUUUUUUUUUAUAAUACGAAAGCGCAAUUUUCUUUUAUUUUGUAAAUAGACGAUAAAAUCAUUUUUAAGAACAAAACAAAACUUUCAGAAAAUUUUUACAGUGAAUUUUUAAAAGUCUGUUUUACGGAGAAAAUCAACUUAAAUCACACGAUGGUACACGUUUUAUAGAGGAUCCUCUAAAAAUAAAAUUAGAGAAAGAAGUUAGGGGUUGAUUCAAUUGAAAAUAUUUUCUUGUUUGUCUGCUCAGUUUUGUCUGGGCAAAAUAUUUUUAAAAAAUAACUUUAAAGCACAAAAUAUGUUUUUGCUUUGAGGUCAUUAAAAAGCCAGUGAUUUCACCUUUAUUUUGUAAUGGGUACUUCACUGUUUACUAAAUUUUUAGAACUUUGUACUCUCUUUUGGGACCCACAAUAAGCUUGCUUUAGCUGCAGUGGAUUGGAAGCGAUCUCAGUCGCGGUCACCCCAAACAAAUCUGAAUCUGACUCUCAAAAUUCCUUUUCAUAUUAAUAAAAAACCUCUGUUCGGAAAACUAAUGAAAAAAAUAAUAUUUGAAUUUGGCGCUCACUCAAAGUGGUGAAUUCGAGUGGUGAAAAUAGAGAAUAUGGGGAAAAAGAAAUUAUUUGGCGGCAAAAAUGAUAGAUCGGAAAUAAAAGGCAACGUGAAAGGAUAGGUAUAAGGUAUAAGUACUAUAGGAAAUUUCGCGAACAACCUCAAAAUAAAGAAAACCUCUUGUAAAACAAAAUUUGGAGAAUUGUUCUGAGGUUUAAAAAAUAAAAAAAAACUGGGCUUAAUGGAAGGAAUCGAAAGAAAUUAAGAAAAGUAUUCCAGCGGAUUCAAAGUUAUGGAGACAAGUGAGAACUGAGGCAAGGAGAUGGAGCAUGAAAUAAAGGAGAUUAGGAAAACGAUGAUGUCUUAUAUAUCCGGACAUGAAACUCUGAGUGAAAGACAACGCACACCUGAACAUAACUGAGCGUUCAGCAGUACAAAUUGUUUUUUCGGAUAACGAUUCGGAAGUUUCCGAAAAAAUAAUUUGUACUGCCGAACGUUUAGCAAAUGUAAAUUUCAAGAAAAACUCUUUCAAUUUUUUUGAUAUCGAAGAAUUAUCUAUUUUAAAUAAAAAAAAUUAACCUCAAAAUUCUAAUAAAUAAAAAGAUAAUAUUUUCAUAAAGAAUCAAUCCUGAAAUUAACCUUUUUCGGAACUGAAGUGUAAUUUUCUAUUCUAUAAAAGUAUAUUAGAAACCUUCCAAAAUAAAUUCAAAAUUAAUCAUUUUUUCCAAGUUUUUUGUGAAGCAAACGGUGCCAAUUCUCGUGUUUUAUUAAUUAGGAAACAAAAAAGUUCAUUGAAGAAAGGAAUUGAUGCAAGAAUGUAUGAAAGAUGAUCCUCUAUCGCAGAACAAUUUUAACCCAUUCCAUCUUGUAGAGGAUCAAAAAACAUUGAAGAAUCGCGAGAGAAACUCCCCAAAAUCCACUGGGAUCACAUCGAAAAGUGCAAAUAAAAAUUGCAAAAAAAUUCAAAUAUUGCGACGCCAUUCGACGUUUUUUUCCCUAUAAAAAAUGUUUCAAAAGUUUUCUGUAGACUUGUCGCUCAUUUUCUGUAGAGUUUUUUUCUAGUCAAAAUAAAUGUUUAUUUUUUCGUUUCUGGAGUGAUUUCUACAUCUGAAUCAAGUGAUCCACAGCGAAAUGAAGCUGAGGGAGGUUGAUAGAACCAGCCCCUUGCAAAUCAAAACAAAUAAUUUUUACAUUUUUUUGGGCCUUUUUGGCAGUGAGAAUUUAAGCAAAUCUUACCGAGUUGAAUCCCAUCCAGCGCAAUAUACCUGAUUCAGAUGUAGAAAUCAGUUUAGUAGUCAGUAUCCGGAAACAUUCGACGGAGUCAUCAAGCAAAUCAUGACCAGCACGGAAGACAUUUCUGAGAGUCGCAGAACUAACUGCCCUCAAAGCUAUUCUGGGAUUCCUCCGGAAAGUCUCCUUCCGCGGAUUGUAACACUGAGGAAGUCCACAAAAUCUUCAUCACCGUCUUCCCAUACAUCUUUCUCAAGAGCAAUGACUUCCUGGAGCUGACAAAAGUGAUUCUCAACUCUCAUUUUGCCUCUCAGAGUUCUUUUCUGCAGAAUGCCCACGAGGUUUUGCUGGAGAUAUUGGGACUUCCGGAAGCGAAAGAUUUGCUCCGGCACAUUGAAAUUGAAUCAAUGGGCAGUGAACAGAAAUUCUAUGUCCUCCUCCUUAUUGCAUCCGCUCUCGAGGAGGUUGCAAUGUCAAGAAAGACAUCCGGAAGUCUCAUGAAACUAUUCACAGCAAUAAACUCCCAAUGAGUUUGUUUUCUCAGUGCUUUGAGAGUAUCAUUAGAUGCACAGACUUCCAAGGAGCAGAAGAUUUCACAGAUUCAGAUGUAGAAAUCACUCCAGAAACGAAAAAAUAAACAUUUAUUUUGACUAGAAAAAAACUCCACGGAAAAUGAGCGACAAGUCUACAAAAAAGUUUUCAAACAUUUUUUAUAGGGAAAAAAACGUCGAAUGGCGUCGCAAUAUUUGAAUUUUUUUGCAAUUUUUAUUUGCACUUUUCGAUGUGAUCCCAGUGGAUUUUGGGGAGUUUCUCUCGCGAUUCUUCAAUGUUUUUUGAUCCUCUACAAGAUGGAAUGGGUUAAAAUUGUUCUGCGAUAGAGGAUCAUCUUUCAUACAUUCUUGCAUCAAUUCCUUUCUAUAGAUUCGUAGUGAAGUUUGCGAAUGUGAAAAAUGGAAACCUUGUCAAAAAAAACCAAUUGUGAAAUUAUUAAUCCUAGUCUAUUUAGAAAGUUUUCAAUUUCAAACAUAUUUUGAUAUUUAGAUUUGGAAAUUAUUAAAAAAAAACGAGAUGAAAAUGAAUCUAUUAAUCACAGUUCAUAUACAACACAAAAUAUUACAAAGAAAAUUAUUGAAAAAAAUGUGAAAUAGGUUUUAGAGGGAUAGGAUUUAGUAGAGUUGAAAACGGUCUUAAAAUGUAAUUUGAAAAAAUAGUGCGUUUUUUUUGGAAAUGAAAAAUGAGAAAAGAAAAAUCAUUGAACGAACCCACGAAAUAGUUGUAAAGUUAUAUGGAAUUUUCAAUCCAAUUCGUGACAUUCACUGAAAAUAUUGUUUUUUCCGGGAUUUUUUAUGCAUUUUUUCUCAUACUGAGAGAUCCUCCUUACUAAACAUUAAAAAAAAUGAAAGAACAUUCCACAUUAAUGAGACAUUAGAGAGGAUAAGAUUUGUCUAUUCGCUAAAGGUGGAUUUUCAGAUUUUUCUAUUUGUAGAUUAUUUUUCUUUCGUUUCAUGCGAAGAGGUAUUUUCCUCUCCUGUGAUUUCUGUUAACUUUUUUAACUGCAAUUCUUUGUUUUUUUAUAACUACUUUUUCGCCCGAAAAUUAAGUAAACUGUAGCGAAAGUAUAAUCUAAUAAGAAAUAUAGUGUUCGAUAUAAA